UUUUUUCAAAGGAGGCCGGGCGUAGUUUAGGUCAGGUGACAGAGGAGGGGGAGGGUUGACGUUGUUAAUCACGUGACCGUGCCUACUGGCGUUCUCUGUGUUGCUGCCGCUCCGUCUACGCUGCCGAGUCGGGCGCUCUAACCGUGCGCGGUCGCGGUGCUUGUCUCGGCCUUGGUCCUCCUCCCGCUCGCCUGACUCCAUCCAGUCCCGGCCUGUCAUGGCAGCUCGGUGUGACGGGGGGUUUCUCCUGGCCGCUCUCUUGCUGGGGCUUUUACAAACAACUUCGACAUUUGAAGUGAAAGAUGGUGGAGAAACCUGCAUAUUAGCCAAUUUCUCUGCACAAUUCAUAGUGGAAUCCCACACAAAGACUAAAGUGGAGAUCCACACCUUCAGUCUUCCAGAAAAUGCAGAAGUACUGAAAAAUAGCACUUGUGGCAAACAUAAUGCAACUUCAUCAGUUCUAGAAGUUGGAUUUGGCAAUGGGAAUUCGUUAAGCAUGACAUUUAAAAAGAGCAACAAUAGCUACAGUGUUGAUACACUGAUAUUCAGAUACAACUUAUCAGAUACUACCAUCUUCAAAAAUUCAACUGGAGGAAUAAAAGAAGUAACUGCAAAAACGGAUAUUCAAGCAAACUUAAAUACAAAGUACAAAUGUGUUAGCAGUGAGCAGAUAAACAUGACAGAUGUGAGCAUUCUUCUCAGUAAUGUUACACUUGAAGCAUACCUUGUAAAUAACACGUUCAGUCUGAAAGAAACUAUCUGUUCUAAAGACCAAGGGUCCACUACUGUUCCUCCAAAAACCACUGCGCCUACAACGAGCCGCCCACCUACGACACCGCCUAAACCUUCAAACAAACCAGAGGUUGUAAAAUACAAUGUGACUGGCGUGCAUGGACUCUGUUUUCUUGCUUCCAUGGGUCUGCAACUAAAUGUCACAUACCAGACAAAAGAAAAGGUGAAAUUGGAUGUGUUUAAUCUUCCACCAAAUGUGAUGUCCUCUGGGUACUGUGACAAUCAGACUGUUAUUCUGAACUUGACUUCUGAGAGCACCACACUUUCUUUCCAUUUUGUGCAGAAUACAUCUACUGAGAAGUACUUUCUACAAGGUAUUUUUCUGAGUAUGCGUCUGCCUUCUGAAGCUACAGAACGAACUUUUAAUGUUUCCAACAACAACCUGAAUGCACUUAAAGCUUCUCUUGGAAAAUCUUACAAGUGUGUUGCAGAAGAGAGCAUCAGAGUUGCAGAUAAUGCUUUUGUCAACACAUUUAAUAUUCAAGUCCAGGCUUUCAAGAUUGAUCAAGGCAACUUUGGAGCAGCGGAAGAAUGUCCGCUGGAUGAAAACAACAUGUUGAUCCCCAUCGUAGUUGGUGCAGCCCUUGCUGGAUUAGUCCUCAUAGUUUUGAUUGCGUAUUUAAUUGGCAGAAAGCGUAGCCAUGCUGGCUAUCAAACAAUUUAAUGAUUUGCACUUAAACCAGUGUGGAAGAACAGCAAUUAAAAGAAGCAGAUACAUUGAUUUCCUGCCCUUUCCUCCUUUCCCCUCAAAAAUAGAUUGAUAUGAGGGAGCACAAUCUCUUCCUUAUCGACUGCUUUUUGCAGUGUCUGCUUUACUAAAUGUGAAAUCCAUCUCGUGGCAUUUAACUAUGCACAAAGGGUAACUUCUAUAAUUGUUUAAUUUUGCUAAUGGGUUAAGUAUUUACCCACCUAGAAACAGGCUGAAGUUUAAGAAUGCUUUUCUGAAUUGGCAUGGUUUUUAAUGUCAACUACUCAAAUGGGUGUGAUGUAGUUAAUUUCACAUUCAUUCUGUUAAAUUCAGAUUAAUUAUAUCUAACAAAGGGAAACUUCCACUUUCUGGUACUACUGUCCUGUGCUCAACUUAGUUACUGCACUUGUGCAGUUAUAUGUAACGACUGACCAAUCAGAUUUUAUUCCCACUUUGUUUUUACCCAGGUGUAUAUCAUUAAUGAGCUUUAAAUGAUAAGCCUGGUAUAUACAAGGUAUAAAGAUACAAUUUGGCCAACUCAAGAUACUUUUGGUUUGUCAGCUUAGUAGGAGCUGGCCCUUUUUUACAUAAAAAUGGGUGUUACUUUAUUUUUUGUAAAGUGAAUUUCAGUCUCUUCUGUUAAAGUUCAAAGGAGAUCCUGUUUCUGCACAUGUGUACAAUAGAUUUCAAUCUGCUAAUUCUUGCUUUGACCUUGGCUGGGAUUGUACACUACAAGGAUCAGUUAUGGAUGCAUUGCCUGUAACAAUGCUAAUAAAGACUUUUCUGUA